UUAACUAAAACAACAACAACAACAACAUCAUGUAUUCUGGAUUUUUUUUCUUCAACAGCAAACAUAUAAUAUUUUAACAAAACAAGCAUAUGAAUUUUUGAAUUUAGUUAAACAUUCAACAAAAGCAAACCUGAUUUUACAAACACUGCUGUGCUGUGGGAGGGGUUAGCCUCACUCAUCCUUGAGGAUGAGUUAAAUGAAAUAUUCUCAAGAAAGGAUUUCCAAGUGAUAGAAAUACAAAAAGCCCAAGGGGCUGUUUACAGAUGCUGAAAUAUUGGUAGGGAAUGUAAGGAAAUGUGCAGCAGUCAAUUCCUGUAGCAACUGGCCCUGAGUUUUUGGAAGAACUGUAGAAUCUUGUCUGUUCCUGCUGAACUAAUUACUGUGUGAACUACCAUGCAGAUUAAGUACAGGCAAGUUUAAUUAAUCGCAUGAAAUAAGUCAUAGUGAAAAAGGGUCACAAAGUAAAGUAUAAAUGUGACGCAUCUUUCAAUCUACACUGAAUUUUUUUUAAAACUUCUCCUUUUGUUUGAAAUAAAUCCUUCCAGUGCUGACCCAGGUAAAUAACAAAUUUGACCAUCUUACCCAUUAAAAGACAAAUUAAUCACACUCACCACUACACUUUAAGAUAGGCCCAUCAUUUGAGUCUCACUGUACCACUAUUAUUAUUUCAAUGCAUGCAUUUUUCCUUUUGAAAAAUGAUGAGUGGAAACUGCAUCCACACUCCUGCCUAUGGCUGCUGUGACUGCACCUGCAGUUUAGCCCCAAUUAAAAAGAUCUUGAUUUGUUUUAAUCCUCUGGUUGAAAUAUUAAGGGUAAUAUAUUCUUAUCUUGAUACAUACAAUGCAGGAGCAUCAAAAUAAUGUCUAACAUGUUGCUCCACAAUAAGAGCCAUCAGAAAUUAGACCAGGACAAUUGGUACACGGCUACCCCUCUGAUACUUGACACCAGGACAAAAGUUAUUUCUGUGUUGUUAUAAUAAUGCUUAGCAAUUAAGAAGCCUGAUUCUCCACUGCUUUGCAGCCUGUGAAAUCACUCACAACUGUGCUAAGUGUCAAAUGCUCCUGCCUGCUUCCCCUGUAAACGGAAAAUUCAGAUUUAGUAACAUUUUACCCCCUCUUUAUGCAGGUAUCAAUAAUUAUUAUUAGUGUUACUGUAGCAGGUAGAACUCCCCCACCAAGAUGGGGUCCGCUUUGCGCCAGGCACUGUACAAUCAAUCAUUCAGGCAGUGCCAGUGCUUAAUUUGUAAUGAAAGAGGUGCUGGGGCUCAAGCAAUUUUUUUUUUUUUAAACUUUCAUAACUGACACAACAAGGUCAGAAGUGCCGGGCUCAGCCCUGGCCCGGAUUAAGCAUUGGUCACUACCCCAAAGAGUUUUCAAUUUAAACAGACACAGAGCAGCAGGGGAAACAGAGGCCCAGACAGCUGGAGUGAUUUCCCCAUGGUCACACAGCAGCUUAGAUACAGAGCCAGGAAUUAGAAGCAAGGUCUCCUGACUCCCGUUCCUACAUUAGACCACACUUGUCUCCCCUCUGUAAGUGAUUACACAAAGUCCACAUCCUCCCAUUCCCUUACAGACAUUCAUUAAAAACCUCACAACAACGCUGUGAGCCAGGGCUGAAGAAGUGGGUUUUUUACCCACAAAAGCUUAUGCCCAAAUAAAUCUGUUAGUCUUUACAGUGCCACCAGCCUCCUUGUUGUUUUUGUGGAUACAAACUAACAUAGCUACUCCAUAGUACUUGAGGGCUGAUUUGUCAUCCCCCUAUUACAGGUAGGGUCACAGACCCAAACAAGCAGGCUGCUGGUCACGCAGGGAUUUGAAAUGAGCUGACCAUAGUGUGUGUCCCCGUAGCCCAGGGCUCCUCACUGCAGUGCUGGUCUCUCUCCAACAGGGUGUUUCCUGCAGCCCCAGGGCCAUCUGUUUCCAGCGCUGGCUCCCUCCCCUGGGGAUCUCUACCUUUGUUAAAGGUCAAACUUCCCCGGGUCAGACCCCUUCAUCCAAGUCUUGACAAAGCCCUUCCAGCCACGUAACUCCUUCAUCGCCAAAGCCCGAAUGCGCGUCAAUAGCCAAAGGCUCAGAGCAAAUAUUUGCCUCUCUCAGCCUCGCUCCCGGCAGACCUAAGGGUCUCGCUCCGAACGCGGCUCAGCACCUUGGGACACGGCCCGCCCCUGCGCACACGCGAUUGGUCCCGGCGCCCCGUUCAGCCUCUGGCGCCCCGCCGGGGUUAGGUCGGCGGGCUGUCACUCACGCAGGUGUUGGCCAGGGCCAGGCCCCCAGGUGGGAGUUGGUGCUUCCCGCAAGUUGGGGCCGGCUGCUGGGCGGGGCAGGAGCUGAGGGAACAGAGCCGGUCCCCAGCCCGUGCGCGGCGAUGGCAGGAGCCCCGCGCGGGCUCGAUCUCACCUUCCUCAGCGAGCAGGAAGCCCGGCAGAUUGUCCAGGUGCUGGAGCGGGACGCGGAGCUGAAAAGGGCCGAGAAGGACCGGAUCAGCAAACUUCAGAAGAAAAAGCAAGAUGUAACUGGACUACAGGGAGUGACAGGAGAAUGGUUUGAAGAAAUACAGAGAAAAAAAUUUCGGAAUGAAAUUGAUGUCAACAGAAUGUUAAAACGACCACUAGCACAUUGGCUAAGAAAGACAUCAAGAACCGAUCCUAAAGAGUUUAAAAUGUCAUCUCCCCAAAAUCCACAAGCACAAAAGAAUGUCUCACCUUCCAUUCUGGGAUUCAGAACUCCUUUUGCGUCACUCUUCUCCUUCAAAAAAUCAAGGAAGCACACUUUAAAGCACCAGACUCGGCAGCAGCCACGAUAUGACAGCUUUGCUCUGGGCGCCCAUACAUCUUCCAAAGUUGAGGAAAUGGCACAGGCUGAAACAUGCAACUCAUCUUUACCAACUGAACUACCUGGUAAUUUAUUUGAUGCAACUCAAGCUGAAAUGAUGGAGGACAGUGCACCUAUAUGGAAUGAACAGCUAGAAAAAGAGUUCUUCCGUGGAAGAACACAGUUUAAAGUGGGAGUUAAAGCACUUUCCCCCAAAGAAGUCAUCCGGAUCCACAUCCCUAACCUUAUGGAUAGGAAUGAUGGGUCAUUUCUUAUACAGUAUCGGAUGUAUGGGAGUGUCAAUGAAGGGUUAAAGAUUGAGGUACUUUAUGGUAAUGAACACGUAGCUCAGUCUCCUUAUAUUUUGAAAGGGCCUGUUUAUCAUGAGUAUUGUGAGUGUCCAGAAGAAGAUUCUCAGACCUGGCAGAAUAUUCUCUCUUGUCCAUCCCAGGAGCCUCAAGUUACUAAGGACUUCACUUCUUUUCCCACCAUCAACCUUCAGCGGAUGCUUCAUGAAGUCCCAACAAGGUUUGGGCAAACGAGAGGUGCUAUUGUUCAUUACACUGUUCUCAAUAAUCACAUCUACCGUCGUUCCUUAGGGAAGUACACAGACUUCAAAAUGUUCUCAGAUGAAAUGUUGCUCUCAUUGGCAAGAAAGGUUCGUCUCCCUGAUGUAGAGUUUUAUCUUAAUGUUGGAGAUUGGCCAAUGGAACAUCGAACAGCUAAUGAUACGCCUGGCCCUAUACCUAUCAUUUCAUGGUGUGGCUCUGUGGAUUCAAGAGACCCAGUCCUUCCAACAUAUGAUAUAACCCAUUCAACACUUGAAACCCUACGUGGUGUUACAAAUGACCUCCUUUCUAUUCAAGGAAACACAGGCCCUUUCUGGCACAACAAAACAGAGCGAGCUUUCUUUAGAGGUCGAGACAGCCGAGAAGAACGUCUUCAAUUGGUGCAGCUAUCUAAGGAGAAUCCAGAACUACUAGAUGCUGGAAUAACAGGAUUUUUCUUCUUCCAAGACAAGGAGAAAGAGCUGGGAAAGGCUCAGCUCAUGGGAUUCUUUGACUUCUUUAAGUACAAAUAUCAAGUGAAUGUAGAUGGGACAGUAGCAGCGUACAGAUUCCCAUACCUCAUGUUGGGUGACAGUCUAGUACUGAAACAAACCUCUCAAUACUAUGAGCACUUCUACAGUGAAUUAAAACCAUGGAAACAUUAUGUUCCAAUUAAAAGAAGCCUUGAUGACUUGCUCGAAAAAAUAAAAUGGGCUAAGGUAAAUGAUGAAAAAGCUAGGAAGAUUGCUAAAGAAGGACAGUUAGUUGCAAGAGAAUUACUGCAGCCUCACAGGCUUUACUGCUAUUAUUACAAAGUGUUCCAGAAAUAUGCCAAGCACCAAGCCAGCCAACCUGAAAUAAGAGAUGGAAUGGAACUUGUACCUCAGCCUGAUGACAGCACCUCCGUCUGCAAUUGCCAUAGGAAAAAGCCUUUAAGGGAAGAUCUAUAACUGUACCAAAUGAAGAAAACCACUCUGGUUUCACUAAGGAUGCAAAAAUAUACAUGGGAUUUAAGCUGUGAAAUCUAGGACAUACUUGUGCACUGGGGAACAUUCUUGGUUAAGCGCUCUUAUUGUAUUUGCACACCUUUAUUCACUCUGCCUAUGAUAUACGAGUUCGUGCAAGUUCUUUUACAGGAGCAUUUCUCACACAACAGAACAGUAUUAGAUUUCUCUAUUAAGUCAUCUACUGAUUUCUAUUUUCUACUGAAAAUAACUUUUUAAAACCAGAAAUUAUUCUACCACAGUAUUAAGCUGAAUACUAUAUAUACAGCAGAUUUGUAACCGUAGACACAAUGUGGAUCAUUUUAGGUUUGCAAGUUCCAAAUCUGGUAUUACCAUCUGAUGUUUAUUUGAUGGUCCAUGUCAGAUAAAUCUUGUGAUCUCCAUUCAGAUCCUAGUGAAAAGUUGUCCAAAUCAAGAGUCAGAUUGGGGGUAAAAAAUGGUGGUGAUAUUCUUCCAACCUCCACAUGUGACCAAAAUGAGAUACCUUCACCCCUACUGUAGAUUGUAUAGAUAUUGAAAAUAUGAUCCUACUAUGGUCAGGACACUUGCCUGAAACUCAAGAGACCUGGGUUCAGUUCCCUGAUCUGCUACAGAGCCUAUGCCGGUAUAGCUACUUCGUGUAGACGUAGUGUAAAUCGGGUCCUGAGGCCUACCAUGUAUUAGAGGUGAACCCUUUCCCACAAAACAACCUGCCCCUGCUGAGUCAAGCACCUAAAAUGCUAAAUAAAUGCUUAGUACAACCCCCAUUUAGUCUAAGUAUUUGUGGAAGGUGUCAAAACAACUGGGUAAGUGGUGUGUGAGUGUGAAAAUGACUCAUGAGGAAUGUGGUGUAUUACCGUAAUUUAGAUAUGAGGGGUUUUUUGGCUGUUGAGGGAGGGGACAGGAGCUCAGAUAAAUGUAGCUGUUCUGAAUGUGUGAGAAGGUAUUUCAAGGGUGGCUCUUGUUUGACUGUAAAAUAUUUAUUAUUCAUUUUUCUGAUACAGGCACAUGGAAAAAAUGCAAACAUGGCAUUGACAUUUGUAUCUGCUAUACAGAACCAAGAAAAUGGAGGGGAAAAUAUAUAAAAUAAACAAACCAGUUCAUUUAGCGCUGA